GUUUAGUGUUUACUGUUUAACUGUGUUGUUUUGCAAAUACUUAGAAUUGGUAAUGCUAUAUGUGAUAGAAUUAUAAAAUAGCACGCGAAAUGAGUGAUUUUGAAAACGCAACUGAAGCUGCGUCUCUCGCCGUACAAUUCGACCAGGCAGGGCAAUCAGAAAAGGCGGUAGAAUGUUACCGCACAGCUGCUAGAUUAUUAGACAGGGUUUGUAGUCAAGUUUUGCCAGAAAAACAAACUGAAAUCCGAAAGAAAGUUAAGGAAUAUCUAGCUAGAGCAACAUUCUUGCAGGAACAAAAAGAAAAGGCGCAACAGGCAGACAGUGAGCGUGGUUUACAGAAAUGUUACUUUCUAAUGCAGCAAGCUCUUGAUGCAGAUGAGGCCAAUUUGAAGGACCUGGCUCUGCAGCUGUAUACACAAGCUGUUGAAUUGGCCGUAUCUGUUAAAUCAAGUGACCCAGAUAUAAAAGCUAAAAUUAAAGGCUUAGCAGAACAAGCUCUAGAUAGGGCUGAAGAAAUUAAGGGAAUCAAGAAAAUGGGUGCCUUGUCUAUUAAUGAAAUAAAAAAACCAGUGAUAUCACCUAAACGAACGAAUCUCGAAAGAGAGCAAAGUGUGCACCUAAAAGUAAGCGGUAAACAAGUCUACACGGAAGAAGAGAAAGAAGUAUUACGGCAGACUUCAAAUAUUAAUAACAACUGCUUUUUGCCGUUUAUGGAUGUGGAUUUAUCAGAGAAAUUCCAAUACGCAAUACCAUUUGAGGAUAGAGCCAGUGAGCUGACAUUGUCCUCAAAGCAGGCACAUGAAUUUGAUAGCUGGGUUCGGCCACACGAAGUAUCCAGUGAUCCGAAAUUGAUUGUUGGUGAUCAUGUUGACUGUUUCAGUAUUAAGCAGACUAUAGUAUCGGACUGCUCGUUUGUCGCAUCGUUGGCGGUGAGCGCACUCUAUGAGAAGCGGUUUAAUAAGAAAAUUAUUACGUCUAUAAUUUAUCCAAAGAACAAGAAUAAAGUUCCUGUGUAUAAUCCGUUCGGGAAAUAUAUGGUUAAAUUGCAUUUGAAUGGAGUGCGGAGGAAGGUUAUAAUCGACGAUCGCUUGCCGUACAGCAAGUAUGGUCGACUUCUAUGCUCAUACUCUAGCAACAAGAAUGAAUUCUGGGUGUCCAUGCUGGAAAAGGCAUACAUGAAAGUGAUGGGCGGAUAUGAUUUCCCUGGAUCUAAUAGUAACAUAGACCUGCACGCGCUCACCGGGUGGAUACCGGAGCGGUGCGCGAUCCGCGCGGGCGCGGCGGACUUCAACGCGGACGCGCUGUACGAGACGCUGCGCGCGCGGCUCGAGCGCGGCGACGUGCUGGCCACCGCCGCCACGGGCGAGCUGGGCGACGCGCGCGCCGAGCGCAGCGGCCUCGUGCCCGCGCACGCCUACGCCGUGCUCGACGUGCGGCUCGUGCAGGGGGUAAAACUCCUAAAGCUCAAGAACCCCUGGUCCCACCUCCGCUGGAGGGGAAACUACAGCGAGCUAGACACCGCCCACUGGACCCCCACGCUCAGGUCACUCUUGAACUAUGACCCCGAUAGCGCGGCGCAGUACGACAAUGGAGUGUUCUGGAUCGAUUACGCGAGCAUACUGAAUUUCUUUGAGGUGUUCUAUCUGAACUGGAACCCGGAACUGUUUCAGUACACGUACUGUAUACACCAGAAAUGGGACGCUGGCAACGGCCCAAUACGUGACGCGUACAACGUGGGGGAGAACCCCCAAUUCUCCCUCCACGUGCAAGGGCAGGGGGCUGUUUGGCUGCUGCUGACUCGGCACAUCACGCAGAUAGACGAUUUCAGGGACAAUAAGGAGUAUAUCACGCUGCUGGUGUAUAAGAAUGGACAGCGGGUGUACUACCCUUAUGACCCACCGCCAUACAUAGAUGGAAUUCGUAUCAACAGUCCACACUACUUAUGCAAGAUAAUUAUGAGUGAUACAAGCACGGACAAAUUCACACUUGUUGUAUCGCAGUAUGAGAAGUCUAGAACAAUCUAUUACACGCUACGAGCGUACGCCACGUGUCCGUUCUCGAUGGCCAAAAUUGAACCUUAUCCUUAUAGGAAGACGAUAAGAGGAGACUGGGUCGGCCGAACAGCGGGGGGAUGUAUAAACCACCCCGCGACAUAUCAAAACAACCCCAAAUUUAUAGUCACUGUACCAGACUCGGUAACACCUUGCAACCUUACAGCCGAGUUAAAGGGUCCAAAGCAGUAUCAAAUUGGGAUUGACGCGAAAGUCGAGUCGUUGGACGACCCGAGUGUUACUGCGCCGUUUUUGAAAGAAUCUUCUGGACCGUAUAGAGCUGGCUUCGUGGUCCUCAUACUACGGAACCUGCCAGCGGGGAGGUACAUUCUGACCCCCUCCACUUUCUACCCGGGGGAGGAGGGGCCGUUCUUCCUGGAACUGAAGUCCACUUGCGACGUUACGUGUGAACCACUUCACUGAGGGGGGUGUUUGUUUAUAUGGAGAACUAAAAGAGGGGUUUGGGGAAUUGAGGUUGACUUUUUUGAGAUGUGUUUUUGAGGUGU